AUGGGCAGAUAUACCGGACCAUCCUGUCGCCUUUGCCGCCGUGCCGGGGAGAAACUCUUCCUGAAGGGUUGCGCCAUUGAGCGUCGUCAUAUUCCACCCGGAGGCGGCGGCAACCGUCGGCGUCGGGUAUCCGACUACGGAGUUCACCUGCGCGAGAAGCAGAAGGCGCGCCAGAUGUAUGGCGUGAUGGAAGGCCAGUUCCGCAAGUACAUGACCGACGCGUUCAACACUCCGGGAAUCUCCGGCAACAACCUGCUGCGAACGCUGGAACGUCGGCUGGACAACGUGGUUUUCCUGCUGGGGUUUGCCGAUUCGCGCAAGCAGGCCCGCCAAAUGGUUCAGCACGGCCAUUUCACCAUCAACGGGCGCAAAACCGACAUACCUUCUUUUAUGGUAACGCCGGGGCAAACCGUGGCCUGGACCGAAUCUUCCCGCCGGCGGGAUUUCUUCGCGGAACGCACCGAAGGGCUGCCCAAGCGAACACUCCCCAGCUGGCUCACACUGGACCUCACCGCGAUGGUUGGCCAGGUCGUCUCGCUACCUCCGGACAACGAGUUGCCGGACACCAUCAAUUCUCGUCUCAUCGUCGAGUUCUACUCAAGGUAA